AUGGCAAAUAGUCGAAGUCUUGCAGAACAAACUCGUUCUCUAAUUGAUCGUCUCAAUGUUCAUCAAGUAGUUAUUUCCAAUCAAGUUAAAACAAUAACGAAUGAUACAACAGGAAUAAUAAAAAAAAGUAAAAGCGUGUCAUUUCUUGAUGAUAAUCAAUCAAAUAUGAAAAUAUCAAUUGAUUCUCUACAAUCACGUUCAAUUUUAAAAAAGCAAGAUGAUUCUAAUGAUGACAAAUGUUCACUUGAACCAUUUGUUGUUAAUAUUCCUGAUAAUAUCUCUCGUGUCGAUAUUGAUCAAUAUUUAAAAAAUGUUCAAGAUCAACGACGAAAAGGUCUCAAUUAUUCAUAUAAUACAGAUGAUGAUGGUGAUGAUAACGAUGAAGAAGAAGAACAAGAAAAUAAUGAAUCUCAAAAAGUUAUAAGAAAGAAAAAUGAACCUUGGAAUGAACUUAAACAUUGGCAUUCAUUACUUGAUGAAGGUAAUGAUCGAGAUGUUUAUUAUAAUACAUUACGAACAUCAACUACUCAACAAGAACAAGCUUGGUCAACGGAUAAUGUUGAACAAAUUAAAAAACGGAUUCAUGAACGACAAAAUAUGUCAUUAAAACAGCAGAGAAAAUCAACAAGUAUAUCACCAAAAAAACAACAAACACAAGUUAAUAAUCGUCAAAAAGUUUUACUUGGUUAUGAUUUUGUUGCUGGGUUACUUGAUAAUGAAAAAGCAGCAUUAUUAAAUAAUGAUCGUUCUUUAUCGGAAUCAUAUUUAGAUGAAUUAGUAUCAUUUCGUAAAACUAAUUUAGAUCAAUCAACAUCAUAUACAUUAUCAAAUGAAGCUGAUUUAGCAGAUUUUUCGAAAGAACUUGAACUUAUACCACCAGAUGGUUAUCAACAUUCCCAUACUUGUAUUCAUAGUUUUACAGUUAAUGAUCGUCUUUUUACUGUUCCAACAAAUGCAGAUGCUAAUGGACAAAGUUGUUGUCCAAUUUGUGGAUCACUACGUAAAGAACCUAAUUCUUAUGAACCACAAUAUGCACGUGUAAGUGUUCCAAAAUAUCGUGUUAAUGCUAAUGCAUAUAAAUUCCGUCCACCAAAACGUGCUCAUCUAUCAGAUUUAUCAACAGAUAGUGUUGCUCUUGCUAAUCAUUGUUUAGCUGGUUUUAAUACCGCUCGUACUGCUCCUUUAGAUAAAUCAGCUAAAAGUCUUGAUUUACGUACUGAUUCAGAUACACAAUUAGAAUUAAGAAAAAUGUCAUUAGAAGAUGCUCAACGUCUUGGUUCAAAUCAUGAUAUGUGUGAAAAUGAUCUUCGACGUCGUGGUACAGCACUUCGUUAUCAUAUGAAUACAUUAUUUCAAGAACGUUUAAGACGUUUACGAAAAACAACGAAUGGUGCUGAUAAUAAUGCUAGUGUUAUUUCACAAAUUGAUGUUCGUUGA